AGCGGAUUUUACGACCGUCGGCGCUGUCGAGGAUCAACGCGGCUCGGCGCUGUAGACACUGAAGCAGGCGUUUCAUUGUUGUUCUGAGGCGCAAGAGAAACAUUUUACAUUCGAACCACUACAUUCGUUUCUACAUCUAAAGCAAACAUGAGUACAAUUAACGUGAAGAAGCUGAAGGUGAACGAGCUUAAGGAUGAGCUGAAAAAGCGUCAGCUUUCAGACAAGGGCUUGAAGGCCGAGCUCAUGGACCGGCUACAGGCCGCGCUGGAGGAAGAGGCCCAAGCGGGAGACGCAGCACUUGAUGCGGAAGAUGAAGAGGAGGAAAAUGGCGCCGAGGGCCACAGCGCUGAGCUCGAACAAGAACUAAUGGGUGAAGAAUUAGAGGAAGACGAAGAGCCCGCAGGCGAGAACAUGGAGGCCGAGGAGGAAAAUGGAGGCACUGGCGAGCCGGAGGUGGCACAGGGCAACUGCGAGGAGGACAUAGGACAGGACGACGAAAUGGCCGACGAAGAGGAGCAGGAGGAAGAUGGAGACGCCGGGAUCGAGAUAGACAAAGCGUUCGACGACGAUGAAGAGGAGGAGGAAGACGACGCCGCCGACAAGAUCGACGAAGAAGAUGGUGAGCAAGAGACGCAGCCGACUGAGGGAGAUGCGGACAAAGACAUCAGUGCUGAUCAGAAGAAUAAGAAGGGUGUUAAGAGACGCCGAGAGGAACAUGGAAGGGGCUACUUUGAAUUUAUUGAAGAAAGCAAAUACAGCCGGGCUAAAUCACCACUUCCACCUCUGGAGGAAGAGGAUGAAGAGCUUGAUGAUACUCUGGUGUGUCUGGAUCCAUACAACUGUGACCUGCACUUCAAAGUGUCACGAGACCGCUACAGUGCUACUCCGCUCACUAUGGAGAGCUUUGCCUACCUUUGGGCUGGUGGCCGAGCUUCCUAUGGCGUGAACAAAGGCAAAGCCUGCAUUGAAAUGAAGAUUAUUGAGAAGAUUCCUGUAAAGCAUGUGAAGAGUAAGAACAUGGAUGUUCAUGAUGUACAGAUUGGCUGGUCCCUGGCUAAUGGCAGUUUGCUGCUUGGUGAGGAGGAGCAUUCAUAUUCUUUUGCUGUCAAGGGGAAGAAGACUUCAAAUUGUGUGACUGAAGAUUACGGCGAAGCUUUGGAUGAAAACGAUGUCGUUGGCUGCUUUAUUAAUUUUGACGCCGACGAGGUUGAAAUCUCCUUCUCCAAGAAUGGGAAGGAUCUCGGGGUGGCCUUCAGAGUCAAUAAAGAGGCUCUGGAUGGACGUGCACUUUUCCCCCAUGUCCUCUGCCACAACUGUGCAGUGGAAUUCAACUUUGGGCAGAAGGAGACGCCGUAUUUUCCUGAGCUAGAGGGCUUCACUUUUCUCCAGCAAAUUCCCGUGGAUGAACGGGUGCGUGGACCCAAAGGGCCUGAGACCAAGAAAGACUGUGAGGUCAUCGUCAUGGUUGGACUUCCUGGCUCAGGGAAGACCACAUGGGUGAUGAAGCAUGUUGAAGAGAACCCUGGAAAAUACACAGUACUGGGAACUAAUACCAUUGUGGAAAAGAUGAUGAUUAACAGUUUGAAGCGUCAGAACAAAGACACAGCGAAACUCACUGCCAUCUCCCAGAGUGCACCUCUCUUUCUUGGCAAGUUCAUUGAGAUUGCUGCUCGUAAGAAGAGGAACUACAUUUUGGAUCAGACCAACGUUUCUGCUGCCGCCCAGAGACGGAAGAUGUGUCUAUUUGCUGGCUUCCAGCGCAAAGCUGUUGUAGUCAUGCCUACAGACGAGGCCUACAAGGAGCGCACUCAGAAGAAAGCCGAAACCGACGGUAAAGAUGUCCCCGAGCAUGCUGUACUAAAGAUGAAGGGCAUAUACACGCUGCCAGAAGUGGGUGACUGCUUCACAGAGGUCACCUACGUGGAGCUGCAGAAGGAGGAGGCUGUUAAACUCUUGGACCAAUACAAGGAGGAGAGCAAAAGUGCCCUUCCACCAGAGAAGAAACCUAACCAAGGCACACCCAAGAAAGGUGGUCCUCGCAACCGUGGGGGCAAAGGCCAGUUCAACAGGGGGGGUGGCCCGGGUCCACGAGGGGGCAGAGGAAAUUUCCAGAACCGUGGCAACUUUAGAGGAAUGCCCGGUCCCCGUGGAGGCUUCGGUCGGCCACCCCGAGGCGCUCUGCCACCUCCUGCCUACAGAGGUGGCUUCCCCAGCCGUGGCAACUUUGGACGAGGCGGCGGAGGACCCCCCAACAGAAACAUGGUACCUAGAGGAGCUCCUGGCAGAGGUGGCAUGGGCAACAUUGCAAACAGAGGUGGAGCCAUGAAUCGUGGAAAGCCAAUGCACAGAGGCAAUAUGAACCGCGGAGGUGGACACAGCGGUGGACCCAACAGGGGCAAUUUCAACCAGAAGUUCCGUGGACGUGGUGGAAACCAGCAGAAUCGUGGUGGCUAUGGCAACAGGAAUGGGAACUUUGGCAUGAAUAAAGCCCAAGCCUUCAACCAGAGCUGGCAGCAGGGGUUCUGGAACCAGAAGCCAUGGAGUCAACAGUACCACCCAGGAUAUUAUUAAGUGGGCUUUUGUAUUAAAGACUGGUGGCAUGUGGAGGACUCCCUCUUGUGACCACAGAGCCCCAACGAUCUACUUUUACUGUCUUUUAAAGAAAAUAAAACGUGUUUUAAGAUAAUUUACACGUGGACAUGCAUUCCACAUCCCGAUAUCAGGUCCCCCCGUAGACGUGAGGGGUUCCCUUUUCCAUACCCGUUUUUGUAAAAACAAAAAGGAAAAAAAAAAAAAUCCCCCCUGUCCUUAUUUUAGCCCUAACUAUUUGAUAUAUGGUUAUAUCAAGAACCACAUUGUUCUGUUUGUUCUGCAUGGGAUGCUUUUGAAUUUCAGAGUUGUGGAUUUUAUUGUCAUUUUUACUAAAUGUAAAUUAUUAUUUUGCAAGUAUGUUUUCGUGUAAGGAUCAUGGCAUUCGAGGAUCUUACUGAUCUGUAUGGUAACAUUUUAGAGGCUAUUAAAGGCAGUUGUAGUGACUUAGCAGAAAAACCUGUUCACUGCUCACAAGGAAAUCAUUCUUUUACUUUUAUUUCGUUACUUUUUUUCUGUCAUUUUUUGUGUUCCAGUCCAAUAUGUACUAGUUAAUCUCCAUAGGUUUACAAUAAAUGGGUUGUUUGCUUUUGUA